GUCCCAGGAUGUUGGCGCCGCCUGACACGCCGACAACGCUUCGCAGCGUGCCUCUAUCAAAGGAAGAUCUCGGAAGUCUGAUCACUGCCCGUACAACGUUCAUCGAGCACGACAAUUAUAGUGUCGUUCACUUCAAUAAUGCCAUCGACCUUCACACUGCAUUGGGCAGCGCAGAGCGUGCUGCGUGGGUCUCUCACGUAGAUGAGAUUAUGUUGGCAACAGAGCAGGGGAAUACACCUCCUCCGGCUCCUGGCGUUGCGCCCAAGGCCCGGCAAACGAAGAAGACAAAGGCUCCGAAACAGAAUCUUGCGAACGUACUCUCAGACACUCACAGCAAGAUGUCGGCAGCGCACCAGGCAAUCCGUGCGCAACGUAUCUUGGAGAUUGAGGGAGCCGCACUGGAGGGAAGUGUAGGACCAGCGCGCACACCCAAGAAACGACCCGGGCGCCCACGCAACGAGCUCGCAGACUUGUUGGUCAUCACCGAGAUGGGAACGUCAAAGACGGGCAAAGAUCGGGCUGAAACGUACUGCAUCGCAUGCGGAGACCAUGAGAAGUGGCGGAACAACAUGCGCAUUCGGAAACACGCUGCGCUGGAAUGCACAGAGUUAUCGAAGUACUUCCCUACACUCUAUCAACAAGUCCAGGAGGAGCAUAACGAAAAGGCAAACGGCAAAGGACCGCUACCGAAGGUCCGGACGAAACAGAAGAUUGCUGCUGUGUCGCCAAUCCCAGCACCCGGCGCCGGCACAUCUGUCCCUCCCUCUAGUGCAUCGGAGCUCAUGGCUGUCGACGACGUGACAGAUGCGGAGUCCGUAAAGAUCCUGGAUACAGCGGAAGGCUCAGUUGUGGAUGAAGAGGAAGAUGUACCUUUGAAGAAGGGGACGCUUCGUGAAUACUUCACGCCGAUCAAGAUGACUGAAACUCGUCAAGCAGCCAUCGAUCUCGCGCUCUUCCAACUUGUCAUCUGUGCCGCACUUCCCUUUGCGUUUGUCGAGAAUCCAUGGCUGGUCAACUUACUCCUCAUUGCUGUCCCAAACUACGUGACCCCGGAGCGCACAGCAUUCUUCACCGCACAACUCACAAACCAGAUGACUGCGUUCAAGACAGCUCUGGCUGCAUUUCUGGUCGGCCGUUGCUACAUGACGUUGUCACUUGAUGGCUGGAGCAGUCGGGGCAACGAUGAGAUCUACACCUUUCACACCACCCUUCCGAGCCGUCGAUCCAUCUUUACAUUGUGUUGAUCAAAUAUCAUCUGUCAAGAUGGAUGUCGUGAUACAUAUCUAUGACUCCAUCACGUGUCAUCUAGAGUCAUAUCGACUCGUCCCAAAUAGACACAAACGGCCCCCUGUAUUAUAUAUAAGGAGGGCUCUAUUACCCUUUAAUACAAGUCUCUUGACUACUCCCGCAUAGUGCCCACA